GCCAUAUCGUCGUUCAGAGUCGAACCAUUUUAAUUUUGGUACAACGUUCUGUUUAUAAUGUUGCGAUAAAAUGUCGACAACCAUACAUUACUUUAUAACAUUGUUUUAUCUCGGUGCAUUCUCUAUGAUAUGUGGUUUGAGUGAAUCUUUGCGAAAAAUGCCUGUGAUUGAGGCCAAUGUCACCAACGACGAUGUCACGGAAAUGCAACAUACUGUUUGUAAAAUUACAACAGAAGAUGUGAUCGCGAAUGCACGUGCCACUGUUACAACAGUGCUCACCGGAGCGUGUAAGGCAAAGGCAAUGGAUGAAAAGUUUGCAAGAUUAGAAAAAAAAUUCAUUAAGGAACUUGCGGAUAUUAAAUGGAUACUUUAUAACAUUUUGGAGCAGCAGCCAAAUUAUCUAAAAAAUAUACAAAACACUAAUCUUUAUGAUGGAAUAUCCAAUGAUUUUUUAUCACCGAGACAAGAUGAAAUCGAUAAAUUCAACAAUACUAUACAAAAUUUAUCAACAUCAAAUGGUUCGGCAAAUACAUUCGUCUAUUAUUGGCAAGUAAAAAACUUUGACGAAAUGCUAAUAAACUGGCAAACUGGCCGCUCGAUGCGUAGCCCUACUUUUUACGUAGGUCGAAACAGUUAUGCCAUGUAUCUGAAAAUCACGCCGAAAUAUUUUCCCGAUGGUACGAUUUUUGUGGGAGUCGGAUUGACACAUGGCCGUUAUGAUGCCGUUCUCACAUGGCCUUUUCCACACAGGAUUCGCCUCGAGGUUUUGGAUCAUUCUCUGGAGGACAUACGCGAAGAUCGACGAUCUCGAAUUUGGGAUCCGGCUACACUUUGCACUGAAAAUUUCUGGGGUAGGCCUGCGAGAAAGGCAGAUAAUCCAGAAUGUGUCGGACUGAGUAUCUCCAGACAUAUUAUUCGAUCAAAACCAUUCAUAUUUCAACGAUAUUUAAGAAAUACAAGAUACAUGUGGAAUGGAAGUGUGCUAAUAAAACUUAAUAUUUAUCUGCAUAUUAUUUGAGAUAAAGCUAAUUGUCAGAAAAUAACAUUUGUU